UUGACAGUGACUGGUGAGCUGAGUUGUGAGUUGUCACUUCGCCGUGAAUUUUUAGAGUGAAUAUAACGUAUCGCAUGAAUAUGAGCCCGCUUACAAAGUCGUGAGGAAGAAAACGGAUUUCAUGUUAUUUUAGAUUUGUGAUGUAUUUAUUUUUUUAAUAUUGACACUCUGUGAGUUCAUAUACACUUUUUGGGCAUUGCUAAAUUAUAAAAUAGUUUCAAAAUAUUUUGAACUUAAAAACCGUCAGUAGGAAACUUGAAGAUUGUUGGGUCAAAGUGCUUGCAUCAUGGACCAGAGUGGUAUAACCCCAAACACAUCAAAUCAGCAAUUGGUUAAUGGAAGUGAUAAUGAUUCUGCGACAGCUUUGCUGCAAGAGAAGCAAGCAAGAAGGAGAGAAAAUCUAGGAGAUGUCACAUUCAGAGAAUACAUGACUGUCGGAAUAUUAUGUUUCGUCAAUCUCAUCAACUACAUGGACAGAUUUACUAUAGCAGGUGUGCUUGCCGAUGUUAAGAGCGAGUUCAACAUCGGCGAUGAUUGGGCGGGACUGCUACAGACGGUGUUCGUCAUCGCCUACAUGGUGUUCGCACCCAUGUUCGGUUACCUAGGCGACCGGUACUCGAGGCGGAAGAUCAUGGCGGCCGGCGUCGCGCUUUGGACAAUGACCACGUUUGCUGGUUCUUAUGUAACGAACUAUUAUUGGUUCGCCGUGUUCCGCGGGCUGGUGGGCAUCGGCGAAGCGUCGUACUCCACCAUCGCUCCCACCAUUAUCAGCGACCUCUUCGUCGGGAAUGUGCGCUCCAAGAUGCUGGCAUUCUUUUACUUCGCCAUUCCUGUUGGAAGUGGUUUCGGGUACAUAGUGGGGUCCGUGGCGGGUGCGAUCGCGGGCGACUGGCGCUGGGGGCUGCGCGUGACACCAGUACUAGGCGCGGUCGCGGUGAUCCUCGUCGCCUUCGUGAUGCAAGACCCGGAGAGAGGACAGGCUGAAGAGAGUACCAUGAAACCGACGUCGUACGGUGAUGAUCUUCGCGCGCUUGUUAAGAAUCCUUCGUUCAUGCUGUCGACGCUUGCGUUCACGUGCGUGGCGUUCGUAACGGGCGCGCUGGCGUGGUGGGGACCACUCUUCAUAUAUCUCGGACUUAACCUGCAGCCCGGCGUCGCUAUCUCCAAGGAGAGCGUGUCGUUCAAGUUCGGCAUAGUGGGUAUGUUGGCGGGCGCGUGCGGCGUGCCGGCGGGCGCGGCGCUGGCGCAGCGACUGCGCGCGCGCGUGCCGCACUGCGACCCGCUCGUGUGCGGGCUGGCGCUGCUGGCCUCCGCGCCGCUCGUCUACCUGGCGCUCAUCGCCGUCUCCGCGCACGUCGCCCCCACAUACCUACUAAUGUUCCUCGGCAUGUUCACGCUCAACCUCACCUGGUCCAUCGUCGCCGACGUCGUCCUGUACAUCGUUAUUCCACCGCGGCGAUCGACGGCGGAAGCAUUCCAAAUCCUUAUAUCACAUAUGUUGGGGGAUGCCGGUAGUCCCUAUUUAAUUGGAGUGAUAUCAGAGAGUUUGAAAAGAUCAUUGGGUUCUGGAGACAUGGAGUCGCCGAGCAUGAGCGUGCAGUUCCGCGCGCUGCAGUACGCGCUCUUCCUCACAUGCUUCGUGGAGGUCAUCGGAGGCGCGUUCUUCCUCAUCACAACCAAGUACAUCGUCAGAGAUAAGCAGAAGGUCGACAGAGCUAUUGCAGAAGCGGAAGCUCACACCAGCGAAGCUUCUAGCAGUCAAACCCACGAAGAAAAUGUAGCCGGUGAAUAAAUAUAUCACAUUAAAUUUACAUCAGUCUAGUUAAAGGUUAUGUAGUUUUGUGCGAGGUUAACUUUCACUAUCGAAUAUGUUCCUCAGUCAAAUUAAUAUUGUUAGGAAUUCAAACCACUAUGUGGGUUUAUUGUAACAAUUAUAUAGUAAUUUGAUUGCGAAAUGCAAUAGAAAGACUGAUUCCUAAUGCAUAGCAUGUAUUUAGACAAUGAGUGGGUCCCGUGUGCAGGCAACGGAGUGAUAGUGUACAAUACAAAUACAACUAAGAUUUUUCUGUAACAUUAAAAGAUUAUAAAUGCCUAUGUGCCUACUACUUAAAUAAUUUAUUCAAAAUAUUAAUCUUUCAUACAUCAAAAGCUGUUAUAUUUUAGAUUCUUUUUUCUGGUAUAGUAUUUCUGGGUCAUUAUUAGCACUUAUAUUACAAGGUAGCCAGUGUUUAAGUUGGCACAUCGUACAAUAGAGUAAUCUUGUUCCCGACGUGCCAAAUUAAAUGCCGGACACUAUAACAAAUAUAAUGCAACUGUCAUUUCUAAGUACAGAUUAGAAGUUUUUCUUGUUAUCGCCCAUAUUAGACCUCAUGCA